CUCCUGCCUCACCUCCCACACAGCCUGCCGCCCGCCGCCCGCCACUCACAGCCCUCUGCCGCCAACCUCGCCCCAGCGCCGGCCCUCGUUUCGCGCGGCAACUACUCCCCAUCUGGGCCGCCCACCGUCAGCUGAGCCUCGAUCCCCAGACCCCACCCCUACACACCUCCCAACACCAUGAGACGGUAGAGAUUAGAUAGCACACGAUAUGGACUUUACGAUUUCGCUCGCGCACUUUUGCGAAGUUCACGGUCCCACCUCCAUCAUCUGCACCCAGGCCUCGACCUCGCCAUGCGGCUCCUGCAACCCAUGCGUCACCCCGCCGUCGGACGAGCCGCACGACGCCUGCUCCUUCAACCACCUCUACGACCAGCCCACGUCGCUCAAGCUGAACCCUCCGCGCCCGCCCCACGUCACCUCGCCCUUCGACUCGCCCCCGACCAGCCCGCACUCGCCCUCGCACAACCCCUACUUUCCCAGCCUCUCGUCGUCGUCGUCGGCCAGCAGCUUCGGCGGCCGCCGCCCCAGCUCCACCUUGGACUCGGACUCGGACGUGUGCGAAAACUGCCAGAUGGUCGUGCCGCAAAAGUACAGCGACAAGAUCCCCAACGGCGCCCCCGGCAGCCCAACCAAGGACGGCCGCGGCAGGAACGGCAGCCCCGUGCUGCGCAGCUCCCAGAGCUAUCCCGUACGACGCCCAGUGUCGCGCGAUGAUGUCAGCAGUACCGAUUCGUCCGAUGUCUCGGACACGGAGCAGUCUGCCUCGUUCCAGAGCGCCACGUCGAGCCUGUAUCCCGACUCGAUUCCCACGUCGCCCCUCAUGGGCUCGCGCGCCGUCCACACCCACACGCUCAACUACAUCUCGACCAGCCAGCCCCAGUCGCCCAGCACCUACUCGCUGUUGCGCCGCACCUGCAUCCGCACCCUGUCCACCGAGGUUCUCCCGCUGAGCAAACCCUCGGGGCCCAUCAUGUUUGGAGACUCGGUCGCCGGCUACACCAUUGCCUAUGUCUUUCGCCUGCAGGACCCGCGCUCGCGAGGCGCCAAGCGCACCUAUGCCCUCAUCGCCAUGGCCGGCCGCGACUGUCGCCGAGCUACCAAGGCCAUGGUCAAGAUCACAGAGGCUUUUGAAAGCAUUGCCAACAGGAUCAUUUCGCUGGCCGACCGAGUCCUGGAGCGCGAGAGUGCCGCUUCGCAGGGCUUGUCGCGCCCCUUGACUGCCGUCUCCACCAGCACACCGGCCGCUUCAACAUCCUCGACGCCCCCACCCCACGCCUCCCAAAAGGAGCGCACCUCUUCCACUUCAAGUGCCCCCAACUUCCGCAACAUCACCCCCGUCUCUUCCUUCUUGUCCGCCAAGAAGCUCGACCCAGAUGGCUUCCCUCGUGUGUCGCGUGACGUGAUGAAGGCCAAGAGCCUGAUUGAGAUUGUCGGUCAGGAAAACUUUUUUGUCGACCUCCACACGCUCUUCUGCCGCCUGCUGCACUCGCUGAUCAAGCAGUACGGAUGAUUUUUUCUUCUUCCUUUUCGCCUUUGCCUCGCAUACGUUUCCGCUUCUCUCCGCUGUAUUUCUUAGUCAUGUUUGUGUCGUGCGUUAGAGCGGUUUUUUUUUCUCUGUCAUUGUCCCAGAGUGCAAUGCAAGCACUGGCGUUAGGGAAGCGUUUUUUUUUUCUUUCUUCAUCUUCCUCUUUCUUCAAAAGACAUUACCGUCUUGCUUGGCGCCUCUUCAGCCACCAUACACACGGCAAGGUGCAGUAGCUUUAUACCCUGUUUCGCGAUACCCGACGCUUCUUUGUAUUUUGCUGGGACUGGGGAGAUGUACACAAUUAGAUGGCGUGUACCUGGUCUCUUUUUUCUACAACGGCGUUUAGGAGGGUAAUGGGGGGAUGAGUUGUCGAUGAUUAUGCACGGAUGAUGCAGAAGUAGUGUUUUAUUCAACUAAGAUUUGC